AUGAGUGCCACUGACAUUGGCGAUGACAUUGACAGUGAUUGUGAGGUGAUUGCAGACACCCUGGAGGCAUCAUACUCUGGCUCUCCCUCUCAGAGCUUGUCUGAAGGUGAUCCUCUUCAGCUUGAGUGCCAGGUCUCCAGCCAGACUUUUCAACAUACUCAUCUGUCGGUCACCUGGUUUCUUCAUGGUGAAGAGGAUGAAAUCCCCCGGCCAAUCAUUACUCUGGACAAAGAUCUGACUGUAAAGCCAGGAGCUGGAUUUGAGGAUGGCUAUCGUGCUGGUCUUAUCAGCAUGGAUAAGGUGGAGGACACAACCUACAGACUGAAGAUGCCUCAAGUGCAGCAGUCAGACCAGGGGAAGUUCUUCUGCAAAGCCAUUGAGUGGAUCCAAGACCCAGACCGUUCCUGGACACAGAUUGCCCACAAAACCACCACAGCAUGCAAUGUGGAGAUCAAACGAAUCGUGGCCCCUGAUGCAGGCUCGUUCAGUGUUCAUCUGAAGGCUUCAAAGGGGCCACUACAGGAGGGAGACGAACUGGACAUCCGCUGCAGUGUGAAUGCACAGAACCUUCCUGGUCAUUUCUUCUCGGUGACUUGGCUGAAGAACCAGCAGAAAGUGGCCCAUAUUGGAUCUUCUGGGGUGCUCACUAUGUUUGACAGUUACAAAGAGCGAGAGAAUGCAGCAGAGAUGAGAGCAGUGAAAACCAGUCACACGGACUACCUGCUGACCAUCUGUUCGGCUCGGGCUGAGGACCAGGGCCAAUACCAGUGUGAAGUAUGGCAGGAAAACAUGAAUGAAGAUGGCACCUUCAAAAAAAUACAAAAACAAAUGUCCAGUCCAGAGACUGUGAGCAUCACGGCUAAAGAACAGCAGAAGGGCGUCCUGAAAUGGAUCUGUGAGGACCUCAAUGAGAGAUUCAACACAGGCAUGCCCAGAGGCUUCAACUACCACAAACACAAUGUCAGAGUGCAGCUGAUGAGAAACUCCAUCAGUCAGGUCCAAACACCCACCAAUUUGCUGUCCUCUCAGAAACCAGGAAGCAACAAAGCUCUCAAGAUCAAUGAGCAUGGCAGCAACAGGAAGAGGAGGGGCCAUAGCUGCCCAAUGACAGCCAGGCCUCAGGGAGCAGCAACUGACGCAAACCAGGAAGCCACCUGA